AAACAGAGCGGCAGUGUGCACGUUUGUGAGCGGUUGUGUGCGUGCGUGGCUGUGUGUGUGUGGGUGUGGAUUCUAAUCAAAAUACCUCGCGAAACAAUGGACCAAUUGUUACGCCGCACAGCCUUGUGACUUGCGACGGAAAGCAUUGUUUGGUCGGAAGCGAUCUGCUUUGAUUCGUGGUGGCAACGAGUGCAUCCUCUAUUUGUUCGACGCCAUACCAUAUGUGUGGCCAUUCCACACGACCGAGUGGUGUAGUGCAUUUUUUUUUCUUUAUUUUUGCAUUGAUAUUGCUACUGGAAAACGUAAUGUUUUGUUUGGCAGCGGUCAAAAGUGUCGCAUGAACGGAUUCAGUGCGCUGGAGAAUCGAACCAGUUUGUGCGUACAGCUGUGCGUAGACCCCGUAGAUAAGUGUCCGAAGUGCUUCCACCCCCGUGCGUUCCAGCAAAUCACACUUGUGGCCCGGUCGCUAAAUGAGUAGAGCGCUUUUUGUCAUUCCGCAACGCUUGCUAUCAAUCGUCCGAUGUAACCAGGUUUCAUUGAUAACGCGCCAUUCGAGCAAAAUGAGCGAACAAACGGAGAGUAACAUUGUAAAGGGUGCUGAUAGUUGGUUCAACAAAUACGCAGCCGUCGAGAGUUCUCCCGAGGGGACAUUUAAAGGGGUGAAGGAUCGGUUCAAUGGCAUCACGGUUGACUCGAGCAUGGAAACCUGCAGCCCCGAAAGUUUUCCAACCGUGUUGAAGCGAUCCCUCGAACAUUGGAUUCAAAGCAAACAUCGGGGCAUUUGGUUCAAGGUCCAUUUAACCGCAGCCUGUUGGAUACCGGAAUUAGUUAAUAAUGGAUUUCAAUUCCAUCAUGCCAAAAAUUCGUUCGUAAUGCUGUACCGCUGGCUUCCGACGGACGAAACGGCCAACAUUCCACCGUACUCGCAUACGAUGGUAGGAGUCGGAGCGCUUGUGAUAAAUGACCGAAAUCAGGUGCUGGUGGUAAGCGAAAACAAUGCCCUAAUCGUCGGUUCGUGGAAACUACCGGGAGGCUAUGUGGAACCAAAUGAGAAUUUUAUUGACGCCGCGAUCCGGGAAGUGGCCGAAGAAACCAACAUUCGUACCAAGUUCGAAUCGGUCAUCUCGAUACGGCACGCACACGGAGCCGGUUUCGGCUGUUCCGAUCUGUACAUCGUGAUGGCAUUGACGCCACUGUCGGAAGAAAUCACGAAAUGUAAUCGGGAGAUUGCCAAAUGCGAAUGGAUGGAUGUGAAUGAAUACUUGGCCCAUCCGAAGGUACACGAAACGAAUCGUAAUUUCGUGCGAACGUACCUGGAGUAUAAGCGGCACGGUUUACGCAUCGACUGUACGGAAGAAAUGCACCAAGUGCUGCGAAAGCGGUACAAUAUCUACUCAAUCGCCAAGGUACCCGAGGGUGGUAAUGUUACCAGUAGUGCUUGUAGCACCGGCACAUUCAAGUUAUAGCAAAUGGACAAAGGAUAGACAGACGUAAAGCCUUGAAGGUGAGAACAGGUAAGUUGUUACGCGGUGGCAUAUUGCCGGAUGAAAUGAAGCAGUUGUUUUUCCUGUUGUUUUACCAAAAUUAUAUCUGCUCUUUGUGG